UUGUCCAAAAAGAUGAAGAUAAGUUGGUCUGCAUAUGAUACGUUUGAGGCUAAUUUCAAGCCUUUGGUGGUGGUUGAACUUGCACAAAAUACCAAAGAUGAAACCAAAGAGUGGCUGAUGCAGAAGAUUGUAGGGAAGAAGAAGAAUGGAGGAGCCCAACUUUUAGUUAAACCUUUGGUGGAGGAAGGAAAAGAGAUUGAAGGAAGCAAGAACAUAUAUCUUGUUGGAGCAUCUUAUUUAAGGCUGCUUCUAGGAGCUGAAACUGUAGGGUUGGUUAAAGAAUGUAAUGAUAAUACAAUGAGAGCAUUUACAUAUACAUCUAGAAAAAAUUUUAAAGAUUUUGCAGAGGAUAAUCAUGAUUUUCUUACAAUGGCAGAAUGUCAGUACAUUGUCAAACAUGAACUUGAAAAUUUAAGAGCUAAAAAUGAAAAGAUGAUCCCUGGCUAUCCUCAGGCAAAGCUUUAUCCAGGAAAGUCAAUUA